AUGGCUCAUUUCCUUGUGUUGGUUUUGGUGGUUGCUACUCAACUAAUUGGUGGAUUCAGUACCCAGCUACCACCACCAAUCUAUGGAAACUUCAUAAGCAUUCUCACCAUUGAUGGUGGUGGAAUGAAGGGCAUUCUUCCAUCGGUGGUUCUCGAUCACUUGCACAAAGUUCUUAAGCUUAAGACACUUCCCUACUUCAAUGCCAAAUUGUCUGAUAUAUGCAUAGCAACUUCAGCUGAACCUGCUACUCUACCACCCUACUAUUUUGAGAAUGAUGGUACAGAAGCUGCAUUGAGUGAAGUGAUACGAUACAACAAGUAUACCAAAAUUGUGGCACUAUCAUUAGGGACUGGAGUAACAAAAGUUGAGGAGAAGUAUGACGUUGAAAUGGCUGCUAAAUGGGACAAAAUUCGUUGGAUACAACCUGGACUUGAACUUCUUCCUCGUGCUUCUAUGGACAUGACUGAACAUUACCUUGCCACACUAGCUAUUCUCAGGCCUCCAACCAAACAAAUAGCUACCUUCGAAUUCAGGUAUACCGUAUGGUGGCCGACCCGUCCGAAUACCCGAGACCGUUACUUAGACUGA